UCCUCCAAAGAUAACGCCACUUGCAGACGGAGAGAGAGAGAGAGUUGUCGGAGAAUCCACAGUGAUAGCCUCAGCAACCCAACAAAAAAACAGGAAGAAAGUAAGAGAUCCGCCUCGAACCCCUCUCCACCUUCUUCUCCCUCCUCGUUCUCUCUCUGCAACGCCUCCCCCUUCUCCAAAAUCCCACCUUUCUUCCCGCUUUCCCACCUCCCAUCCCUUUUCUCCACCACCGCUUCGAUCCCUUAGAGAGGGAGAGCAGAGGAGGAUGAGAGAAGAAGAAGAGCCCAACUGGUUCUCCCGAUGGGAGGAAGAAUUACCCAGACCGGAGGAACUGAUGCCGCUCUCCCAAUCUCUAAUCACCUCCGACCUCGCUCUCGCUUUCGACAUCCCUACUCAAAACCCUAACCCGAUCCCUGGCCUCCACAUCCACCACGGAUCCACCGGAAAUCAGCACUCCGCAUCGCCCCCACUUCCCGCGGAUCUCGAAUCCCCCGACCACUCCGCCCCCGCAGGCGACGAUUCAGCGCGUACCCUUAAGCGGCCGCGGUUGGUGUGGACUCCGCAGCUUCAUAAGCGGUUUGUCGACGCGGUGGCUCAUCUGGGGAUCAAGAACGCGGUUCCGAAGACGAUAAUGCAGCUCAUGAGUGUGGAUGGCCUCACUCGCGAGAACGUCGCUAGUCACCUGCAAAAGUACCGACUUUAUCUCAAGCGCAUGCAGGGCCUUAGCUCAUCUGCCGGCGGGCCACCAGUACCGAUGUCGGCCGCUGAUGCUGCUACUGAACAGUUAUUCGCCAGCAAUCCAAUUCCCCAUCCUCUUCUUGGCCGUGGUGGCUCCUCCGGGCUCGGCCAAGAGUCUUUCAUGCAGUUCAUGGCUCCCCCGCUGCUGCAGCACCAUCAGCAGAUGGUGGCGGCCGCCGCGGCACAGCAGCAAUACUACCAUCAACGACAAAUGGGGCAUUUUGGAUCACCGGGGACAGGUGGUGGUGGUGGUGGUGGUGGUGUGUAUGAUCAUGGAUUCAUCACUAGAGGGGCUUUGCCUCCACAGGGAUUGCAUAGGAUGGGAACUCCUGGUUUCAACAUGGUUAGGCCAUCUGUACCAGCCGCGUCGAAUUGUUUUGAUGAUGAUGAUGAUGUGGAUUCAAGGGUGGGAGGAGGGAGGAGGGUUCUGACUCUAUUCCCCAACUGUGGUGAAGAUUGAUUCCUUUCCUCCCUUGUUUUUUUUUUUUCUUUUUCAUGUGUAAUUUAUAUCUUUGAGAUAUGGGAGAUCUCGGAUUUGAAGAAGUUAGAAGGAUUUUAGAGAAUCGGGUUGGUUGUAUUAAGAAAGUUUGCUCUUUUCGUUACAUUUGUCAGUACCCACACAGUCAAUGCUGCCA